AUGGGGUCCCAAAAAGAAGUUGUACUAAAGCAAGUGAGCAACUCGGGUGAUCUUAGCGAGGGAACCCGUAAAAGCAUUCAAAUUUCGCAGUCACUUUCUGUUCUACCGCCUUGCCUUUGCUAGUCUGAGCUGCUCUCAUUCUCGCCGCUCUCUUCCGCUAAUCCGUUUCCAUUUAUCAUCUCAGGUUGGUGGUACUGCGGCACUGAGAUUGCAAAUUUGCAAUCCAUGGCAAAUGACAAUAGCGCCAACAGCUAUGAAGAGGCUCGUAAGCAACGGGUUUUGGACAAUAAGAAACGAUUUGAGGAUUUGGGAAUUUUGAAGAUCUCCAAAAGCUUGUCUGAUCUUGCAAAGUCUGAGAAGAAGUCUCCAGCCAAGCAACUGAAAGUACGCCACAAACCAAAUGAGGCUUAUAUGUUGGAACCAAGACGCUCCUCGCGUGCUCGUAAUCCUGCUCCAUCAUACCGUGAUGAUGUAAAGAUAGAUGUAGAACUUCCAUCUUUUCGCAAGAGAUCUAAGUUGGGUUCUUCAUGGGCAAGUUAUCUUGCGAGACCAAUAGAAGAAGUCAAAACUGCAUCAUAUGAAGAAAGAUCUAAAGCUCUUAAGGAGGCAGAGAAGCUCCAAAGCAAUCUACAAUCUGAAAAUCCAUCUUUUGUCAAAUCAAUGGUUCGAUCUCAUGUGUAUAGUUGUUUCUGGUUGGGACUUCCUACUAGAUUCUGUGAGGAUCAUCUUCCCAAGUCUACCGUAGAUAUAGUGUUAGAGGAUGAGGAAGGUGCUGAAUAUGAUGCUGUAUACAUUAGCAAAAGAACUGGGCUUAGUGGUGGAUGGAGAGCAUUUGCACUAGAUCAUAAACUUGAUGAUGGUGAUGCUUUAGUGUUUGAUUUGGUUGAGCCUACAAAAUUCAAGGUGUACAUAGUUAGAGCAUCCCACUGUUCAAGCCAGGGUGAUGAAACUGAUGCAAGGGAAGAAGAAAGUGGUGGUGAAGAAACCAAAAAUGAAACCGCGAUACGCAGGAAGAAAAGGGAUGCUCAAUCAAGAGAUUCAACAAAGUCCCAGGAGGAGGUUCCCUCAGUAGUUGAAGAAACCAAAAAUGAAACAACAAAGCCCAGAAAGAGAAGGAAUACUCAAUCAAGAGAUUCAAUCAAGCCCCAGAAAGAGAUCCCCACUAUAGCUGAAGAAACCAAAGAGGCUACUCAGUCAAAAGAUUCAACAACGUUGCAGAAAGAGGCUUCUGCCACAAGGCGGAGUGCUAGACUAUUGUCAUGUAGAAGUGACUAAUCAACUCAUAUAUUGCAUAGAAAUUUCUGAGGGUGAACAUUUGUCUAUUUUAAAAACAUUUAUGGUUUUCGUGCUACUUAACAAGCACAAUCUCAAGAAGUAUACUAGUACUAGCUAAAUCUCCAGCCUUUUUGUCAUGUAGAAACAAACAAUAGUUGACAAGCUAGCAAAACUGUCAACCAAGUUUUCUACUGUCUUUAGCUUUGGAGUGUAAGUAUUGAUCUACCAGUAAACUUCUUUGUAAUGCAAGGUUAUUAUUAGGGA